UACAGGCGUUCAUGUACCGUCCAUGGCUGCCUGUAGGAUCGCUCUGCUGAUUGGAUUUGCAUGGGCCAUCGUGUUGCAAGUCGAUGGUCAAGCAGUCCAUUAUUCUGAAAGGAAGGCAUCGAGGCAGCCAGUCCCUUACAAUUCGGUUUAUCAUGCUGAGACUGGUUCCAGUCAUGUUUCACCCAGCCAUGAACCUACGGUCAUCACACUUCCUCCAAAAGACCUAAAGCCAACAAGACAGCCUGUGCCAUACGCCAGCAUCCCCAAGCCCACAGCAUCUAAUGCCUUCCCUGACAAGAAGCCGCACCGUCAGCCGGUGCCAAGAACUGACACAAAGUGGAAACAGCAACAGAGAGAAGCCUCUGUUCAAGGAAAUAAAACAUACGCUACAAGCGGGGGAUCUGAGGCACAUUUCAACGAAAGGAGACCAUCACGGCAACCUGUGCCUUCACAUGACGGUAUAACCAAUGCACCAGAGACCAAAACACAAUUUGUACAAGCCCACAACCAAAUCUCCAGAACACCCCAAUCCCCAUCAGGGCCAUUGUGGAAAAAACCAGAGACGCCAUGGCAACCAGGAAUUGGGGGAUAUCAACCAUACUAUUUAAACUACAAUUCCAGACCAAAUAACCAUCUGAACUGGAAUCCAGUUAUGGACUUGGCUCGUCAGUAUCAGGUGAAACAGCAGAGGUACAGCCCAUACGGAACUGGAAACCCACUGAGCAAUUGGGUUCUCUCUGGAAGACGUGCCAGCACCAGAUACAACAUGUAUGGACAGAUGGUUCCAACAGACAGCUACAAGGGAAAUACCUACGAUGGACAUCUAAGCCCAUUCGGCGUUGUUGAUUACAACGGUCCUUGUAGAAGGCUAUGCACGAUGUACUGUUCUCUGGGUUACGACGUAGAUGUAAAGGGAUGCCCUGCUUGCAGCUGCCAGCGCCAAGGUUCCGGACGUCAGAGGUACUUUGGGGAUGCUGAUUGAUUACAUUCGGAGCCUUCCCUAUGACCCAGGAAUCCUUCUCUCCGAGUAAAAUGCCGAUCUCCUCCGAGCGUGCAUACCAUUGGAUCACACAAAAUGUAGACAUCCUGCUUUUUAUAUGCUAAUAAAUGGCUUAUUAGUUGUA